CACGGUUGGCGGGCAAUUUGUUUCUUAUGGCCACUCGAGAAAAAACCCAUUGCAAUCUACAACAAACUCACUCUCUUCCGUUGCGCCCUUGAUCACCAUUCAGCUCUGCAUUUCGAGGUAUCUGUUAUUCGUUCAAUUUCAGGGUCUCUGCAUCUUAGCGUUGGCCUGUUUCCGGUAGAGAUUCAAUCGUUUUCGAAGGGUUUCUCUAUUCGUUUCAUCGAUUUCGUGGAGUUUGAUGGAGGAUGCUGCAGCUCGAUCUCAACGCACCCAAGAAUCGACCUCAGUUUUUCCGGAUCAUCCCGAGAAACACGAUGAAGAGGAAAAAGGUAUAGAAACAUCCUUAUUGCAACAGCUUAGACGGGCCAAAUUAUCCUCUUUGCAAAUCCCAGUAAGGACUCUGGAGAGUUCUUCGUCCUUUUUGAGGUUAGAUAGUCCAUCAACCUCAAGUGCUAGCUCUAGUAGGGGAGGAUUGCCUCCUAGACCAAAUUUGGUAAAAACCAAAUCUUCAGUGAGAAGCUUGCUUUCUCAUAAAAGCUUUGGAGCAAAACGAUCUUUCCCAGAUGGUGACAUGAUCACUCCCAUUUUACCAGAGGUCCAACGAGCAAAUAGAUGUCCAGACAAGCCGACUCCUCUGAGAUCUUUUUCUCUUAGCAGACUUCUUAUCACCUCAUCUACAAAAGCUACACAUUCUUUACCAACCACGCCAAUUUCAAAUUCAGAUACUGAGACAUUGAAAGCAACAAAUAUGGAGUGCCAACCUGAUUUCCUUAAAACUGAAGCCAAGCAGCAGAUUGCUCGUUCAUUAUCAGCUCCUCUGAAUGUUAAGCCUAGAGUUUUAAGGCGAUUAGAUUCAGUAGGUUUAAUUCGAAUAGUGUCUGCAGGUCCACAAUAUCCAGGGGCUGGAGACGCUUCUGUUUCUCAAACAAAGGAAAUCGAAAGUGAACCUCCUGGUGAUGAUAUUCCUGAGGAUGAAGCGGUAUGCAGGAUCUGUCUUUUAGAGUUGGUGGAAGGCGGGGAUAUUCUUAAAAUGGAAUGCAGUUGCAAAGGAGACCUAGCUCUCGCUCACAAAGAGUGUGCAAUUAAGUGGUUCAGCAUUAAAGGUAACAAGAUCUGUGAUAUUUGCAAGCAGGAUGUUCAAAACUUGCCAGUGACUUUAUUAAAAUUACAUAACACACCCCCUGUUAUUAGACGACCCCCAGUAACAUUGCAGCAGAGGGAAGCCAAUCGAUAUAGGAUUUGGCAGAAUAUACCGGUGCUUGUGUUGGUUAGCAUGCUUGCAUAUUUCUGCUUUUUGGAGCAACUUUUGGUACCUGACAUGGGUCCUCGUGCACUUGCCAUUUCCUUGCCCUUUUCAUGUGUUUUGGGUCUUCUUUCAUCUAUGACUGUUUCCACGAUGGCGAGCAGAGCUUACAUUUGGGCUUAUGCCUGUUUCCAGUUCGCCAUAGUCAUCCUGUUUGCUCACGUAUAUUAUGCAAUACUUAAUGUAAACGCCGUUCUCUCUGUUUUCCUUUCUGCAAUCACCGGAUUGGGGCUUACUGUUAGCAUAAAAUCACUUCUUAUAGAGUAUCUUAAGUGGAGAAGAAGGCGACAAUUGAGACCUGCCAAUCAACAGACGGGAACAAGGAGUUGGCCGCAAGUACAACAGCAGCCAUAUGACAUUGACAAUCAUUACCAUCAACAACAUGAGCAGCGGUUGCAGCAAGAAUGCCAUCAACCACAUUCCCAGCAGCAAGCUAUUGAAAAUCAAAAUAUGGGGUCAUCAGAGAGUUACCAGUCAGCAAGGAACAACGAUUCAGAGACAACAGCUCACUGAGGUGCCAAAGCUCAACCUAUGAUCCAUUUUAUUUCUCUCUCAUAAGACGAAGUGAUUCAAAAAUUCGUGCAAAGGAGCUUAUAAUUAUGUCCAGAAGCUUGAGCCAUCAGAUGGAGAUGGUAGCGAAAUCAAAAGACAAUCAAUAGAAAGCUAGAGUCAAAGGUUUGGAAAUUGAAACAAUUAUUUUGUUGAGUUGUUCCCUCUUCUGUAGGUGAUGGAACAAACUCGCGAGCAAGAUUUCUAAUGGAUGCCAACACGAACAUUCACAUAACUCAUCUGACAUAAAUUUGUACUAUCGACUUCAAUGUGAAUGGUUUGAUCCCCACUUAUCAGGGAGAGAAUGUGAUAUGCGAUUUUGUUUUUGUAGUUCA